GGCCAAAUUGGCCUCCGAGCCAGCCGCAGUGUCACAUAGCCCCUCACGGGCCUCACCAACGAGUUUUCUAUGGAUGCGGCUCCUAUACGGCGUACUUGCUGAACAUAGACUCCCGACUCGACCCGAGCCCUCCUCCGUAACCGCCGCAACCUGACUGUUCCACAGUAUUAGCGUUCACUGUCUUCGGGUCCCAGGCGAUGCUGUGGGCGCAGAUACUCGCGCUAUGGAACCCCCUACCGGUGGUAUCACGCACACCAAUACGACUUUCUCUACGAGGUCCUUCAUCUCGCGCUCCUCGUUCAGCCUAAGCAAGAAAGGGGGUGGCGAUGGCGCGGAGCGGGAACCCAAGGGUCCCUUGGGCCUCACGACACUCUACAUCCCGGCCUCAGAGAAUCCACCUGUGGCUGACCUGAUCUUUGUCCACGGUCUGAAUGGCGGCUCACACAGCACUUGGAGGAGGGGCAACAGCGCCGAGUGCUUCUGGCCACGGGCGUGGCUUCCUGAAGACGACGCCUUCAGGGACGUGCGCAUUCAUACCUUUGGUUACCCAUCCGGGGUUACAAGAGAGUCAAUCAUCAACAUUUCCGACAUUGCUCGAUCCCUUCUCGCUUCUGUCAAGGAUUCACCCUCUAUGAAUUUGAAGUCAAAACAGCCGCCCCUAAUCUUUGUCGCCCACAGUAUGGGAGGACUCGUUGUCAAAAAGGCUUACAUUCUCGGAUCCCGUGAGCCUGAAUUCAAACCGGUUGUCGACCGUGUCUGCUCGAUCUUCUUCUUAGCAACCCCCCACCAGGGCGCUGCCAUCGCACAAACUCUUUCGCGCCUGACGGCUAUGAUUGGGCACCGCCCAUUUGUUGAGGAUCUCUUUCCACAGUCGCCGCUAAUCCAGAGUAUUAGCGAGGACUUCCCGCGAGUUUGCAGCAACAUCCAGCUGUUUUCCUUCUACGAGACGCGUCCCAUGAACGUCGGGGUCAACAAGAUGCUCAUCGUCGAAAAGUCCAGCUCUGUGAUGAAUCUCGCCAAUGAGAGGAGGACAUUUCUUGAUGCAGACCACCGCAACGUGGCUAUGUACUCAACACCGGACGACCCCUCGUACGUGUCGGUCAGAAAUGCUCUGGCAACUGUCAUUUCGUUUCAAAGGGAUACUUCUCGACUCCAAAUCCGAACCGCGGCGCAGGAGGACCAAGACGCUCUCGACCGUUUUCUGGGCGUCUCCGACGGCCCGGAAGACGACAUGAUGAUACAAGAGUCUAUCAAACUUCCCGGGUCGUGUGAAUGGCUCACCAGCAAGAGUUACUACCAGUCCUGGAAAGGCUCCAUGGAUUCGUCUUUCCUCUGGCUUCGUGGACGCCCUGGAGCCGGGAAAAGUGUCCUGUCCAGCCACAUCAUCGGCGACUUGCGCAUCCAAGGCCUAGACUGCUGCUUCUUCUUUUUCCAGGCGCGGGAUAAUGUCAAGUCAACGGCAAAUGGCUGCUUGCGAUCGAUGGCAUGGCAAAUGGCGAAGUUACACCCCGGUAUCCAUGACAGGUUGAAGGCCGUCAUGUCAGACUGGAGAGAUAGUCCGAUCGACAAAGUCGACCCGCAUUCCGUGUGGCGGAAGGUGUUUCUCUCGGGGAUUCUCAAAGUCAAGCUGAACAGACCCCAGUUUUGGGUCAUCGACGCGAUGGACGAAUGCAGGAACGCCGCUGACAUGCUUACGUUCCUCACCCGCAUUCAGGAACACUGGCCUCUAUCGGUUCUUGUCACGUCGAGAGACACGAUGGAUGCACACCAGAAGGGAGCCAACCCCAAAAUCGAUAUACGGAGCUAUACAAUCUUGGAGCAGGAUAGUUUGCAAGACAUCUCGCUCCUGCUCAAAGCAAACCUCCCGUCCCUGCCAUGCCCUGGUUCGGACAAAUGGCGCACCCCAGAGCAGAUAGCUUCGGCGAUUCUCGACAGGUCUCGGGGCUGUUUUCUGUGGGCGUCCAUAAUAUGCUCUGAGCUCCGUCAGGUGACCAGUGAGAGAGAGAUCACAAAAGUCAUCGAGAGUACACCAUCCAACAUGGACGCUGUGUACAGCGAAAUCCUGGCCAAGAUGGAGACCGCACGUUUCGGCAGAGCGACCGCAAAGGCAAUCAUUGCAUGGACGACUUACGCGUUUCGGCCGCUCAGCGUAGCCGAAAUACAAACGCCUAUUGAGAUGGACAUUAACGACAAGAUCGACGAUGUCCAGCGAGCCAUAUCGAGGUGCUGCGGAAGCCUCGUGUAUGUGGAUCAGUACGAAAAGGUCCAACUCGUGCAUUCGACAGCUCGAGAAUACUUCACACGCAAGGGCGCCGAGUCAGACUUCAUCCUCACCAAAGCAGAAGGCCAUCGCAGGUUAGCCAUUGUGUGUCUCAGGUUCUUACUACAGGACUCCCAGAGGACACCCAUCAGGUCGAGGAGACUCGGGUCUGAAAACGAGACAGGCCAGGUUGGCCAUGGCCGCGCGCCGUCACCCCAGCCGCCGCCAGAAAAUCCGGAUCCCUUUACGGACUACGCAUCCAACUUCCUCUUCCAGCACCUGAACCAUGUUCGCUCAAAUGACGAAGAACUACUCGUCAUGCUUUCCAACUUCCUAGCGAGCAACAAUCUCCUCCGUUGGAUUGAGUUCAUCGCCACUAAUGGAGACCUGCGCACCGUUUAUCAGGCGGGCAAGACCCUGAACACACUCCUGCAUCGCAGGGCGCAGCACUCACCGCCCGUGGGUCUUGCGCGGAGGCAGGGGAAGUUCGCACUCUUGGAGAAAUGGGGAGACGACUUGAUCCAUCUGGUGACCAAUUUCUCUGGAUGGCUUAGGCAUUCCCCCAGAGCAAUCCAUCAUCUCAUCCCUCCCUUCUGCCCUCCGGACUCGGCCAUAUGCCGGCAGUUCACAAACCCGGUUCGAGGCCUCAGUGUGCAAGGUCUGUCUUCCCGCGGUUGGGAUGACUGCCUCACGACAAUUACCUACGCUGAAGGAAUGAAACCAAAUGCAGUGGCUGCAGGGCCGGGGUAUUUUGCAGUCGGAAUAAUGAACAUGGCCGGGCAAGUUCUUGUCUACGACGACACCAUAUUCCAGGAGAUACAUACACUCUUUCACCGCGAGCCAGUUUGGCGAUUGGCUUUUGCAGAAAGCGGUCGACUUCUCGCCUCUGCCGGCGCGAGAGCAGUCCGGGUCUGGUCUCUGAUUGACGGAUCGGAGCUGUUAUCCUUCAAGAUCACCUCCUUAUGUCUCAACCUAGGAUUCGUGGAUGAGGAUACCGUCCUGCGGGUGGUGACAAAGCAAAACCGGCUGAUCGAGUGGGACGUCGACUCUAAUGUCUCUGCUCACCAAGAAGCCGUGACAUGGACCGCAGAUCUUCCCGAGACGAUGCAAGGUAGGACCCCUAUGCUAGCCGAGCUCGGCUUAGCUACCCACCUUCUCGCUGUGAUAUACAGAGGCGAGAACGUCGUCUUUUGGGACUGCAUCGAUAACGGGAUCUAUGACACCUACGAAAAGAACACGGGGUCGAUACAUGUCUUCGGCAGUCACAAGGUGGCCGAGGGGUCUACGACCGUCCGUGCUGCCGCGUUUGGCCACGCCCUCGACACCAAUCUUUUCGCAGCCACGUACACGGAUGGCGAUCUUGUUGUAUAUGAUAUCGAUAGAGGGCAGGCCAUUGCCUUCACCGAGGACGCCAACACGAUGGUGCUGGCCGCUUCCCGCGACGGCCGGACCCUCGCCGGAGCCGACUCCAUGGGGAACUUUACGCUCUUCGAAUUUGAAACACUCCGUCCGCUGUACCGCGUCCGGUUUGACACGCAGAUUCUUCCUACUGCCCUCUGCUUUACCGCGGACAGUCUUCGGUUCAUCGAAAUCCGUGGCAGGCAAUGUCGUGUUUGGGAGCCAACCGUCCUUUUACGCACGGAUAUGCAAGAUGAUGAGACUAGUAGUGACACCGUCUCCGUAUCCACUGGACCCCAGGAGGUCGACCAUCAAAUAACGGCCGCCGCGGUCCCCGAGAUAUGCAGCAUCGCUUGUUCCUAUAAGUCCAGCGCGGUGUUCUGUGGAAUGGAGGACGGCUCCGUCUUCGCCUACGACGUGUCCGGACCGGAACCACAAAAGCAGCUUCUGUUCAUCCAAAGCGCGCAAUGGGGCGCCCAUCUGCUCCAUUUUGACGACCGAGACUCACUCCUAGCUUGCGGUGACCGCUCAGGGGCAUUCACAGUGAGGAAUGUCUCGCGACCGGACAGCCGACGAGCUCAAAAAGACUGGGAAGUAGGUGCGCUGUUGUUUGAAGGCCAGACACCAGGUCAACACACAGGCAUGUUGAGGCAGAUCCUACUAUCCUCGACGCAUCAUAGGUUGCUCGUGAGCACUGAGAAGCACGAUACGCUAUGGCCGGUACCAAAACGAGGCGAAGGGGUUUGGAUUUGCCAACACACUUCCCAGGGUCAGAGCGCCGGUUCCCGCUGGAUAAGCCGUCCGGGCUCUCAGUCAGACCGGCUGCUUCUCGUCAGCGAUACAAGACGAGAAUUCCUGGUCUACGACUGGGCAAACCUGACGCUCGUCCAGAAAGUUUCUCUAUCACUGGAUGAAGACAUACGCCUUGACCGCUUUGCUCCCUUGGCUCACCACCAAUAUUUCGCGACGUACACAAAGAUAUCGAAAGCACAGGAUAAGGCUAUGACAACUGCUAGCAAUGCUGCGCAGGGGGACUCAAUUCUGCUUUGGGACUAUAACGACGUUGAAGAUGGCGCAAAGGUUCAUGUGCCACGAAGCAAACUCGACGCGCUUCCCUCCAAAGUAGCGCACAUCAUUGGUGUUUUUGGCGCUCGCCUAGUGCUCUACACGGCAGACCAUUGGAUUGCCUCCGUCGAGCUCCAGCCACCCGUUUCUCCCGGCGAUGGGUCCAGCGCUGUCGUCGACGGUUCUUUCACUCGGCACUUCUUCUUGCCUAACGAUUGGAUCGGCUCCGUGGUGGUGAGUAGGAUGAUUUUUGGCAUUGGCAGGGGAGGCGAGAUCCUUCUUGCUCGGAAGUCUGAUCUAGCGGUGAUCAAAAGAGGACUCGAAGUCACGGAAGAGGGCGGAACGUUCCAUCCACGGCGGCUACACAGCAGCUAUAGCCACUCAUCCGGGGGGAGGAUUCCAUAUCGGCACGGUGCCUCGCCAUCCACUUCUUAAUCCAAACAGGAUCCACGGGAAUAUUGGUGCAUUUUCAGGGCAGGGGGCGAUGCCCACUCUACUAUAGCGAAACCAAAAUCGUAUUGCAAAGAGGUACCCCUGAAAGUAGCUUUGCAGUAACCAAACUACAACCUGACUACCUUGGAUAUACUAGGGUAUUUCCAAUGUUGAUAUCAUCAUGAACGCGGACAGCGGAGCGUUAUUGGCGAUACCUUAAUGAGGACCCAUAAUAUAUCAGCCGGCCGACCCGGGCGUGC